AGACGCAAGAGUGAUUUGUUAUAUUUUUAGUGAUAAAAAAUCGUUGUACAUAAAAAUGUAUGUACAUACCUUUAUCAUAACAACAUAGUGUUGACGAAAUGUAAAUAAUAAAUUUAAAUUGUAUAUUAAUAAAUACAUGCGAAAUAUAAGCUGUAGUGAAUAGAUAGAUCAUUUAGUUAUAUAUUAGUAAAUUAUUUUUUAUUUUAUAUAACAAUAUUAUCGUAUAUAUCAAUUUUAUCAACGUAAAUAUAAUAAGAAAUAUAACAAAAUUUAUAAUUGUAUAACGAAAUAAAUAUAACAAAAAUUAAAAUUGAUAAAAAUAUUUUUUAAUUAAAAAUAUUUGUAAUAAAAUAAUUGAAUAAAAUUCUCACUAAUUAAAUAAUAAAUAAAUUAUAAUUAUUUUAUAAUUUUAAUUAAACCUCUUAAUACCCAUAGAAGGGGUUCUUUUAAAAAUUCGAAUUUAAAAAAAUGAUUCUAAAUAAAAACGAUGAUCAACGAGAAGAUCAAACACAAAAAUUAUUAGAUAAUAAAAAUUCAAAUUUAAAUUCUCCAGUUAUAAUUAAAAUGUCAAAUGAUGAGGGAAUUAAAGAGAAAUUGUCAUGUCCAUCACAUUCAACAAAAGGCAAAGAAACUUUAUUAGAAUCAUUUCAAGAACAUUUAAAAAUUUCAUUAAAAAAUCUUAAUGAAACAUCUGGACCAUUAUCAAGGUACAGACAGACACGGUUUUCCUCUCGUCGUGUCAGGAAACGAGUCAUUUUUAAACAAGGAGAUUGUAAUGUUGUCCAGGGGAAUGUUGCAAAACGACGGCGAAGAUAUAUGCAAGAUAUUUUUACAACACUUGUUGAUGCUCAAUGGCGUUGGACAUUAUUAGUUUUUGCAUUAAAUUUUUUAAUAUCAUGGGCUGCUUUUGCUGUUGUUUGGUGGGCAAUUGCAUAUUUACACGGUGAUAUAGAAUAUCUACAAAUGGAAGAGGAAAUGAAAGAAGAUGGAAUUAAUAUUGAACAAUUAUUAAAUGGAACAUUUACAAUGUGUGUUACAGAAAUUCAUAGUUUUACAUCAGCAUUUUUGUUUUCAGUAGAAACUCAACAUACAAUUGGUUAUGGUAAUCGUUAUUUAACUGAAGAAUGUUCUGAAGCUAUUUUUGUAAUGUCUUUUCAAUCAAUAACUGGUGUAUUUAUACAGGCAUUUAUGGUUGGAAUUGUAUUUGCGAAAUUGUCGAGGCCCAAGAAACGCGCUCAAACUUUAUUAUUUUCAAGAAAUGCUGUUGUAUGUCAUCGUGAUGGUGUUCCAUGUUUAAUGUUUAGAGUUGGUGAUAUGCGUAAAAGUCAUAUAAUUGAAGCUCAUGUUAGAGCACAAUUUAUAAGAAAGAAGAUUACAAAGGAAGGUGAAGAAUUACCAUUUUAUCAGCAAGAAUUACAAGUAGGUGCUGAUGGAGGUGAAGAUCGUUUAAUGUUUAUUUGGCCAACUACAAUUGUACAUAAAAUAGAAAAUGAAAGUCCUUUAUACAGCCUCUCUGCACAAGAUAUGUUAAAAGAAUCAUUUGAAAUUGUUGUAAUGCUUGAAGGAGUAGUCGAAUCAACUGGUAUGACAACACAAGCACGUAGCAGUUAUUUACCUUCAGAAAUAUUAUGGGGUCAUCGUUUUGAGCAUGUUGUUAAUUUUCGAAAAGAAAGUGGAGAAUAUGAAGUUGAUUAUAUGAAAUUUAAUAAUACUUAUGAAAUUGAUACUCCAUUAUGUAGUGCUAAACAAUUAGAAGAAGUUAGAGCUGAAAUUAUUUUACCAAAUGGAUUAGAUAGAAUAACCAGUUUGGGUGUUAAAAAUUCAUUAAUUCCAUCAAGUGAUGAUACAUCAGAAUCUAUGGAAGAAAUACAAUCUUAUUCAAUUCCAACACCAAAUUUAACGAAUAAUAAUCGAAAUGUUGAUGAUUUAAGUUCUAAUAAUAAUAAUAAUAGUUUAAUAUUGUUAAAAUCUAAUGUUAAUAAUGAAAAAUCAAAUACAUUUUUAAGUAAUGGUUCAUUAGCAUCUUCAAAACCAUCUACUAGUUAUAAUCAAAGAAGUAAAACACCAGUUAAAUCAAAUAAUAAUCGUCCAUUGGAUUCAAUUUGUUAAAAUAAUUUGCAAUGUACAGGCAUAAUUAGCUUUACCUACAUUUAAAACGUCUAUUUAAAGUCAAUGUUAAACUUAAACAGAGUAUUACACAGAGAAAAGAAUUAAAGUUAAAAUAAAAUAAUUUAAAUUUUUUUUUUUGUCAAAUUUAUUAAUUAUUGUUGAUGUUGUUCAAGAAUUGUAACCGAAUUUACGAUAUGCCUUGGAAUCAUAAUUGGGAAAACCUGUAAUUCAAUUAGGACUGAAUGGAAUAGGAUAAAACUUAAUUGUCUUGAUUAAAUAAUUCUACAAUUUUAAAUAUAGUUAAUUAGUUUGAUUA